CACUACCACGAGCACUGUUUCAGUUGUUUUCGCUGUGACCGCUCGCUGGCGGACGAGCCCUUCACCAGCCAGGAGGAGGCGCUGCUGUGCAACGACUGCUACCGCAAUGAGUUCUCGUCCAAGUGUGUGGCCUGCGACAAGACCGUCAUGCCAGGCUCAAAGAAGUUGGAGUAUGGGGGCUCUGCUUGGCACGAGGACUGCUUUGUGUGCCAUGGCUGUGAGAAGCCCAUCGGUGGCCAGUCCUUCAUCCCCGACAAAGACGACUACUACUGUGUACCCUGCUACGAGGGCAGGUUUACCCCGCGAUGCAGCCGCUGCAAAAAGGCGCUGGCGACAGGGGGCGUCAGCUACAAAGAUGAGACGUGGCACAAGGAGUGUUUGGUGUGCACGGGCUGUAAGAGCCCACUGGCGGGCCAGCCCUUCACCUCCCAGGGAGACACGCCCUACUGCGUCAAGUGCUUCAGCAGCCUCUACGCACAGAAGUGUGCCUCCUGUAACUCGCCCAUCACAGGGUUUGGCGAGGGGAAGUACGUUUCUUUCCAGGAUCGGCAGUGGCACCAGCCCUGCUUCAAGUGCUCCCACUGCUCUGUCUCUCUGGUUGGGUCCGGCUUCUUCCCUGACCGGGACCAGAUCCUUUGCGGAGACUGCAACAACGACCAAGAAGACCAAUGAGAAUCACUGUCUCUCUCUUUCAACUGUGCCUGACCAAUCACAAAUGUACAGUUAUAGCUAUCCUGUUUGUAACACACAGUGGUGACAUGACCACCAUGACCACCUAUCGUACAGUUAAGAGAGCCUCUAAACCUCAACCUAUAUUUAAUACUACAUCACCCUAAAUACAUACAGUACCAGUCAAACGUUUGGACACACCUACUCAUUCAAGGGUUUUUCUUUAUUUUUACUAUUUU